GUAAAUGGUUAUAAAUUAAUUUACAAUUUGUAAAUUUUCAGUCUUUAUUAAUUUAUAUUUAUAUAAAUUAGAUUGUUUGAGUUUAUUGGUCAAGAAUUACUUUUUUAACACUAUAAAAUUAUUCAUAAUUUGGUUUGCAUAAAACCGCCUUUACAUACAGACUGAUCAUCUUAAUUUGAUUUAAUUUAUAAAAAUCUUUAAAAAGAUUUAUUAUAAACCAAUAAAUAAAUAAUUAUAGUUAAUAAGAUACUGAUAAAGAUUGAUAAAAAUGACGGAACCAAAUCCCAUGAGAGAUAUCAGAAUUAAUAAACUCGUCCUAAACAUUGGUGUUGGAGAGUCUGGUGAUAGAUUAACCCGUGCAGGAAAAGUCUUGGAACAACUGACAGACCAGAAACCUGUCUUCUCCAAGUGUAGAUUUACAAUCCGUUCACUUGGUGUCAGAAGAAAUGAAAAAAUCGCCUGCCAUGUUACCGUAAGAGGUCAAAAGGCCCUUGACAUACUUGAACGUGGACUUAAGGUUAAGGAAUACGAACUGAAGAAAAAGAACUUCUCUGACACCGGCAAUUUCGGAUUUGGAAUUCAAGAACACAUUGAUCUUGGACUUAAAUAUGAUCCAUCUACCGGAAUUUAUGGAAUGGACUUCUACGUUCAACUUGUAAGGCCAGGUUACAGAGUAUGCAAAAGGAGAAAGUGUAAAACAAGGGUUGGAAAAUCACACAAAGUAACCAAGGAAGAAGCCAUGAAAUGGUUCCAAGAUAAAUUCGAUGGACUCAUAUUCAAUUAAUAUGUUACAUACCCCG